AUAGCCGUGCUCAUGGGUAAUGUAGUUCGGAAGGCUGCCUCAAGCACAUCACGUGCGCGCAAUAUUUACGCACAAAAACAAACGCAGACGUAACACAAUUUAAAAGAAUUUAAUAUUUUCAAACUACGUGAUCUUCUUGGUGAAGUAACGGGAAGUUUAGUGUUUACGUCUGGCACGUUGUCACAUUUUAGGCGUGUCUGCGCGCCCGCUGUUUAUCUCUGUAGGUUAGUUUGACCUGAAAAUGCGCUUAAGCUUCAAAAUGCAACUCGCACUGCUCGUGACUCCUUAAGCCUGCCUCGUUAGCUUUGGCUGCCCCUGGUAGACGCUCUCCGUUUAAAACCGCUUUUAUUCGCUACUGCUGAACUUUCAGCUCCAGCUGUGUGAAACAAUGGCACCCAAGAGGAGAACGCGAGGAGCAGCCAACACUAAGAAAGAAAGUGAAGCCUUGGAAGCCUGUCCUGAGGGAGAUGCUGCUCGGGAAGAACCUCGGAAAAGAAAGAGAGCAGUGCCUACAGAAAAGCCACAGGACCAAAAUCUGAAAAGUGUCAGGUCAUCAGGCACGACCUACAGUCACUGGCUCAUGAAGUCCGAACCGGAGAGUCGAAUUGAGAACGGAGUGGACGUGAAGUUUGGAAUCGAGGACCUUAAAGCUCUCCCCAACCAAACCAGCUGCUGGGAUGGAGUGAGAAAUUAUCAGGCUCGAAACUUCAUGAGGGAUAUGAAAGUGGGCCAGCAGGCUUUCUUCUACCACAGUAACUGUAAAGAACCUGGCAUUGCUGGCAUAAUAAAGAUUGUGAAGGAGGCCUAUGUUGACCACACACAGUUCGACAAGAAAGAUGUACAUUACGAUCCCUCCAGCAAACCAGACAAUCCCAAGUGGAGUAUGGUGGACGUCAAGUUUGAGAGGAUGACCAAACGCUUCAUUCCGCUGGCAGAGUUGAAGAAGUAUCACUUGCAGCACAAGAGCAAAGGUGGUCCACUCAGCAACAUGGCUCUGUUCACCAGGGCUAGGCUUUCAGUUCAGCCUUUAACGACAGAGGAAUUCGACUUCGUCUUGAGUUUGGAAGACACUGAUGCAAUAUGAAAAACUGGGAAUCGAUUUAAAAUGCACUCCGUUCGGUUACAUUACGGUCAUGCAGGUCUUCUAAGAUUUUACAAGCUUCUCUGUAUUUAUAGCCAGACACUGAACUAAUCUCUCAUCUAAUCUCUCAACGUGGGGACAGUCUAUGGGCAAAUGUAACCACUUAGCUUGUUAAUAAAAAUUAUUUUGGUAUAUUAAGCUUUAUAAAAUGUUUAUAUGCUAGGCGUGCCAUGUGUAAAAUAUCAAUUUUAUGUAGUCUGUGUGCAUCUUUAGUUUCAAACUCCACCGCACCGAUCCCUGCAAUACAGAUAAUGAAAUUAAGCUGCAAAAGUUUUGAAUUUUAUUGAAAACUUGAAUUUGAAUUUAUUGCUUUAAGCACAAAACCGGCACAUUUACAUAUGGCUGCUAUUCAGCCCCACCCUUCUAAACUAAAGUUACAGAUGUCACAGUAAACUGUCUAAUAAUGAGUCAGGAAAUGUAUGAAAGGAACUGUGACUGUUUUUGAUGCAUGAAAUCUUCAAUAUCGCAAGUAAACAAGUAAAAAAUGUAGGAUAUUAAUUCAGCUGAUCAACCUGAGAGUCUGUGAGUGAUCACACAAAAACUGACCCAAAACUUAGCAAAGUUUAUUUACAAUAUGGCUCAUCAAGCUUCCAUUGUGCAAAAGUGCUUUCCAUCACGAGAGCAUGAAUGAUCGCUCCACCUGAGCAACGUUAAAAUGGCAAGAUCAAAGAAAGGUAGAGCGCAA